ACGAUCGCCGUGGGGGCCUCAUGUCGCGCGGCGGAACUGACCCUGAGCAGCGCCGACAGGCGGACACCACAGCGGCAACCUUCCGGGCAAGCGACCACCAGCAUGUGCGAUACAACCCGCUGCAGGAUGAGUGGGUGCUGGUAUCAGCUCAUCGCAUGAAGCGACCCUGGCAGGGGCAGGUGGAACCCCAGCUUCUGGAGACAGUGCCCCGCCAUGAUCCCCUCAACCCUCUGUGUCCCGGGGCCACACGGGCCAACGGAGAGGUGAAUCCCCACUACGAUGGCACCUUCCUGUUUGACAAUGACUUCCCAGCUCUGCAGCCUGAUGCCCCCAGUCCAGGACCCAGUGAUCACCCCCUUUUCCAAGCAGAGGCUGCUCGAGGAGUCUGUAAGGUCAUGUGCUUCCACCCCUGGUCGGAUGUGACACUGCCACUCAUGUCAGUCCCCGAGAUCCGGGCUGUUGUCGAUGCAUGGGCCUCAGUCACAGAGGAGCUGGGUGCUCAGUACCCUUGGGUACAGAUCUUUGAAAACAAAGGAGCCAUGAUGGGCUGUUCCAACCCCCAUCCCCACUGCCAGAUAUGGGCCAGCAGUUUCCUGCCAAAUGUUGUUCAGCGUGAGGAGCGAUCUCAGAGGGCCUAUCAAUGUCAACAUGGAGAGCCCCUGCUAAUGGAGUAUAGCUGCCAGGAGCUACUCAGGAAGGAACGUCUGGUCCUAACCAGUGAGCACUGGUUAGUGCUGGUCCCCUUCUGGGCAGUGUGGCCCUACCAGACACUGCUGCUGCCCCGUCGACAUGUGCGGCGGCUACCUGAGCUGACCCCUCCUGAGCGUGACGAUCUAGCCUCCAUCAUGAAGAAGCUCUUGACCAAGUAUGACAACCUAUUUGAGACGUCCUUUCCCUACUCCAUGGGCUGGCAUGGGGCUCCCACAGGAUCAGAGGCCGGCGCCAACUGGGACCACUGGCAACUGCACGCUCAUUAUUACCCUCCGCUCCUGCGCUCUGCCACUGUCCGGAAAUUCAUGGUUGGCUAUGAAAUGCUUGCUCAGGCUCAGAGGGAUCUCACCCCUGAGCAGGCUGCAGAGAAACUAAGGGCACUUCCUGAGGUUCAUUACCGCCUGGCGCAGAAAGAAAGGGAGACAGCAGCCGUCGCCUGACCACGCUGACCACAGGACCUUGAAUCCCUAUUCCUCUUCUUUUUUUUUUUAAACAAUCUUGCCGAAUUAAGCAGAAAGGACUUUGAAUCUUUCUGCCUGAGGGAACUGGGAUUGGGAUUUGGGCAGAUGUAGCAUUAAUAAAACUGUGCUUCUCAAAAUUUAAUUACAUAUUCUAACAUCAGAGGAGUGUAAAUGCUAGCCUUCAAGGAUGUGAGGUUAAAGACUAAAGGCAUAGCUCCAUCCA